AUGACCAAGAGGGCUGCGGACCUUGUCAGCGAUUCCUUGGAUCUGGAAUACCAGCAAGACCUAGGUGAUGCGCAAGUGACGCCCAAGAAGGCGAAACAGGAGAAGUUGGACCAGCCGUCAUCCGUGAAAUCAGCAAAGUCAAAAGGCGAUUCAGCAUCGCACCCAAAGCCAAAACCCAAGCCAAAGAGACAGCCGGCAAAGAAGUGCAAAGGCUGCCGGAAGAAACUGACGCCUGAAGAGCAGGCGCCCAAUUGGCCAGGGUGCACCCCCUGCAAGCGGGCUUUGGACAACAUCACCAAAGCGGCCAGCAAGCAGGGAGCAGAUGCUGUCAAAUUUGUGCAGGAAGCGCGCCAAGAUGAUGCGAAGUGCUACAACAUGAUCCAAUCCUAUUUAGAAAACUGCCCAGAAACCGUAGAGAACUUUGGGAAGAAGCGUGGCCAGUGGUCGGUGGUUCGCUACAUGGAACGUGUCAAAGCCGCAUCCGGCUUGGUGAAGGAUUGCAUCGGCGAGCUAAUGUGGGACAAGUUGUACCUUGAGCACGCUCAGACAACCCGUGGUGGGCGACUUCGAGAAGAAGAGGCCUUGCUCCAGUGGAAGCAAUGGGAAGAAUCGGUGCAGCUCAAGGACCCGAGUGUCUACCACGACUAUGGAGGCCCAAACGGGAAGCUCCGCGUCUGGGUCAAGACCCAAGACUUGCUGAUUCACCGGUCUGAAUACAUGCGCGAGAAGUCAGUUGACUGCGUGGGCCAGGAGAUCAAGAAGGGCUCGGACGCUGAUGUGGACAAAUUCCGGGCAGAGAUUGUGAAGAACCACGGGAAGAACAUGGGCUUUGAAGAGGUUGGUGCGGCCCUGUGCAAAAACGGUGGGGGCAGUGGGGGAGCUUUUUCUUCCAAUGAUGGCUCCGGCUUUCUAUUGGAUGUGUUGCAAUUGCUGCCUGAUGUGGAGACAGGGGAUGGUGAGACAGAGGGAGAAGCCACCGAGCCGAAGGACCCGAAAGAUCCAGCUCCAAAGCCAUGGGUGGAGCGAGAUCGCAUGGUUUCAGCAGCCAUAAGAGCAGCCAAAACCCAGGCCACGACCUUUACUGAGAAGGGAACCGCGUUGUUUACAAGGCUGAGCGAGUGGAAGGACAGCCUCUUGGCAUCUUCAGAUGAUGCCUUCAAGUCAAACUUUGCUGGUGAGAUCAAAAUGCUUGAGGUGCGCCUUGAAGCUUUGGACUUGUGCUUCAACAAGCAAGAUGCAAACUCCAUCAAACAGUUCAUCGGCAACUUCAGCACGACGCCUGAAGCUGACAUGGAAGACGGCAAAAUUGUGGAAAUUGGCAAUAGCCCGCCUUGCGAGUUGUACAGCAAGCUGCGGCCAGUCUCCGACCUGGACACCCAGAUUGAGAAGUACAACACUUGCACACAGCCGAAGCACUUGCGGGACCGAUGCCUCACCGACAUCAAAGCUCCGUUGACCCAGCUGAUGAGCCAGGCCACCAAGGCCGAGAAAAGCCUAAAGACAGCCAAGGACCAGCUGAGGCGAGCGGCUGCAAAGGCGGCAGCAAAGCCGCAACCGCCAGGCUCAGAUGCGCUUGCUUUGUUUGACCAAGGUGCUGCGCAAGCCAAGCAAAUUCAUCGAGUGUCUCUGGACUCCUUCAAGGUGGAUGACAUGGAUUUUUCUCGCCCUUUCAUUGUCACUGCGCCGUCGUGGAUAGCCAAUGCAAUGGCUUCUGUCCAGGCUGACCUGGAUGGCUUUCGGGCUUCUUUUGACAUUGGCAGGAAAGAGAAGCGUGGAAUCCGAGCUUCCAAACCUGUGGAAGCGCCUGACCAGGCCGUUUUCAAUUUCCUUGGGGAGGUUGAGCAGCUAUUUGGAGGAGGGGCCACCUUGGUAACUUCUUCAGCAUUGAGUGCAUCGCCAAGCUUGAGCAAGCAGGUGGUCCCUGGAUUGUUUGGCAUUGAUUCCACUUACGACAAGGUCUCGGCCGAGGCAGCCGGCAUGUCAUGUGCGCGAUUGACGGUGGAAGGAACAAGGCUGGUUGUGAUGACUCAAUCGCUCCAGCUCACAGGAUUCAUGCAGCGGAAAGGUGUCACUGGGACCAUCAGCACCUCGAGACAAGCGUGGUUUCUCCGAUCCAUCUCCUUGCCCGUGCUUGCAGAGUAUGUGCAGGAAUGUGAACUUUUUGCAGCGACUCUACAGGCUGGUGACCUGCUGUAUUGCCCAUAUGGAAGUGUGCAAGGAGAACUUGUGCAACAUUGCACUUUUGGUGUGCGAAUCCCAUUGGUUGUGAAGUCAGCAAAAGAUCCACAUGCAAUCCUGUGUGUGAAGCGUCGUACACAAGAGGCUGAGGCUUCUCUGCGCACAGCCAGCUCGUCAGCCACCGCGAGCGGUUCACAGGAGAUCCAGCAGAAAGCUUCUCAAGAGGUUGCGCUCUUGAAGGAGAUUGCAGCAUUGUGUGAGGUGAAGGAAUCGGCGCCGGCCGAGCGCGGAGGCGCAAGUUCAACAGCUGAGCCGGCCGGGCCUGCUGGAGGUAAGCCUCAUCCUGAGGCCUGA